AUGGCCUGGGAUCAAGAUGUUAUGCGUUCGCGCUUUUGCCAUGCACUCUCCGAAAUGUAUAAGAGUGAAGUUUCUCUCUAUGGAGACCUCAUCGAUAUAGUCUGGGAAGCAGACGCAAAAGCCGUUCAACACAGUCAAAACAUGAGCGACUCUCAAAUCAUAAACCCCGAUGAUGUUCUUCCAUCGCGGCAUCGCGUGGAAAGACACGGAGCCAUUCGUGUGGGUACAGCACAUGAGUUGGCUACAAUACGUCGAAUGUUUGCUGUGAUGGGAAUGUACCCGGUGGGCUACUAUGACCUCAGCCUUGCUGGAUUCCCGAUGCAUGCUACAGCCUUCCGUCCGAAAACACAAGAAUCACUCGAUAAGAACCCAUUCCGGGUGUUUACCACGGUUUUGCGGAUGGAACUCUUGACGGAAAAAACUCGGGAAUUGGCAAAGCAAGCGCUGAAGCAACGAAACAUCUUCACGCCUAGACUUCUUGCUUUGCUAGAUACUGCAGAACGCGAGAGAAGCUUGACACCCGAACAGUGCACGGAGUUUAUCUCUAAUAGUCUGGAAACAUUUCGGUGGCACUCAAAAGCCACUGUCACUCUAGAUGAAUACGAGCAGCUCAAAGCCGAGCAUCCUUUAAUUGCCGACAUUGUUUCAUUUCCAAGCUCACAUAUCAACCACCUCACACCUCGGACAAUUGACAUUGAUCUUGUUCAGAAGUUGAUGCUGGAUCACGGAAUGCCCGCCAAAGAACGCAUCGAGGGACCGCCCAGGCGAACAUGUCCGAUCCUUUUACGGCAAACGAGCUUCAAGGCACUCGAAGAGAUUGUUCAUUUCCGCGACCCGUCUGGUUCGCAUGUAAAGGGCUCACACACAGCUCGCUUUGGUGAAGUAGAACAACGAGGCUACGCUUUGACCCGACAAGGACGCCAACUUUAUGAUCAGAUCCUGGACCAGGUGAACAAGAAAGCCGCAGAUGGUGGCUUACGUGGCCAGGACUACGACAAGUUACUGGAAGACCAAUUCAGAGAGUUCCCAGAUAAUCUGUCCAAACUUCACGAUCUAAGCUUGGCAUAUUUCUCCUACCAGCUGACACCGCUAGGUGAACAGUUUAUCAAAGAAAACACAGUGUCCUUGAAAGAUCAUCAAGCUCCAGUUUCACUCCAGGAUCUUUUGGCUAAAGGGAUCAUUGGUUACGAGCCUCUUACAUACGAAGAUUUCCUUCCCUUGUCCGCGGGUGGAAUCUUCUAUUCCAAUUUGGGAAGCGUCUCGCAGUCCAAGCAACUUAUAAUGAGCGCAGAUCCGGAUCUCGAUGGCUUUCAACGCCUCCUUGGGGCUUGUGUCGCGGAUGAAUUUCAUCUUUACAGUGAGAUGCAACAGAAAUCUUUGGAUAUUUGCCGACAGAAGCUACAGCUGGACAAGAUUGCAUUCUAA